CAAGACCGCUUUAUUAGUUAUGAUUUGAGAAAUUUUGCGUAAAAUAACUGCAUUAAAUUAAUAUCUACAUCUGGUUAAAGUUUAGGAAGUUUAUAUUUAUAUUCUGCGUUGUGUUUCUGCAUAUAUACCAAUAUGGGCUUAAGUGAAGUAGAAGUCAAAAAGCAGAUUGAUCACAUGAUCGCAUUCAUCGACCAAGAAGCAGAUGAAAAAGUUGAUGAAAUUAUGGCAAAGGCUGACGAAGAAUUUGAAAUUGAAAAAAGUCGUCUUGUACAACAACAACGACAGAAGAUAAUGACGUAUUAUGAGAGAAAACAAAAACAAUUGGAGCAGCAGAAGAAAGUGCAACAAUCACAACUAGUAAAUGCUGCAAGACUAAAAAUCCUCAAAUAUAGAGAAGACCAUAUUCAGAAUAUUCUAAGUGAAGCAAAGGACCAACUUAGUGACCUUAAACGAAACCAAUCUCAAUACAAUUCACUUCUGCUUGGAUUAAUAAGCCAAGGUCUCUUUCAACUACUGGAGGACAAAGUUAUCGUUCAAUGUUUAAAGGAAGAUGUGCAGACAGUUAAGGCAUUGAUUCCCGAUGUGGUCGAUGCGUUUAAAAAGUCGACAAACCGCGUCGCGGUCGUGGAGGUCAACGAAAGUUCAUUCCUAACCCCGGACACAUGUGGUGGGGUGAUUAUGACGAGCGCUAACGGGGCUAUUAGGGUUAGGAACACAUUAGAUGCGAGGUUGGAUCUUAUUGGUAGACAGAUGCUUCCAGAAAUUCGGGAAGUUUUAUUCGGGAAAAACAUGAAUCGUAAAUUCCUCGACUGAGGUUCACCACACAACUAAUAUUAUUACCAUGAUUAUCAUUAAGAGGGGAAUCUAAUUUGAACACAUAUGUUGUAUCUAUGUUGUGGUAGUUUCCGUGCAAUAUGCAAGCGUUUUCAAUAAAUGUUAAAGUAUUGUUUCAAAA